AUGAAUGAUGAUCCUUUGCCCCAGGGCGAGGUGAUCGGGAUCGUGAUUGGGGCUAUCGUGUUGUUUUCCAUUAUCAGCAUCGUUCCGAUGUGGCUAGCAGAGCAACAUAUUGAAAGCGAUCCUGAGCAAUACGCCCAAGACACUUGCCCCAUCUGCCUAUCAUCCCUGUUAUCAAACCCAUAUCUCACCAACCCUGAACCCACCCAUCUGGCUGGACAACGGGGUCGUUCUCCCGCUCAUUCGAAUGGAUCGUGCUCAUGCGGGGCUACAGACUCCCGGCGCGACAGUGGAAUUCUUGUUUUGAAUCGGUGUCAUCAUGCAUUUCACUUGGCUUGUCUCACUUCGUGGUUCGAAUAUAGGCGGUAUCGUUGUCCUAUCUGCCAAGAGUCUUACUCGCCUGCCAAAGCGGCCCAGAGAUAA